UCGCCCACACACACGACCAUGGCCACCCUCUUCAAGGACUACUCUGCGUCCGCAUCCAUGCCGUCGUCCACAGCGGCGUCGCAGCUAUACAACAUUCCCAUCCCCUCUUUCCUCUCCUCCGUCACGGGCGCAGCGGCCUGGUGGUACACCACCGCCGCCAUCGUCCUCGCUCUCCUGGCCCUCGAGCAAUCCGUGUACCGUUGGAAGAAGCAGCACCUUCCUGGCGACAAAUGGACAAUCCCCAUUAUCGGCAAGUUUGCCGACUCGAUGAAGCCCACCAUGGAGGGUUACAUGAAGCAAUGGGAGUCCGGCGCAUUGAGCGCAAUCAGCGUCUUCAACAUCUUCAUCGUCAUGUCCUCUUCGAACGAGUACUCGCGUAAGAUCCUCAACUCCCCAACGCAUGCGGAGCCUUGUCUCGUCCACUCUGCCAAGCAGAUCCUUCUGCCUGACAACUGGGUAUUCCUCACAGGAAAGACCCACGUCGAGUACCGCCGUGGCCUGAACGCGCUGUUCACUCGCAAAGCCCUUGGCAUCUAUGUACAGAUCAUGGACGACAUCACUCGCGAUCACCUCUCGCGCUGGCUCAAAGAGGCGGCUGAGGACCCCGAACCCAAACCCAUUAUGAUGACUGUCCGCAACCUGAACAUGGAAACCUCCCUGCGCGUCUUCUGUGGUAACCACAUCCCCGCCCGCGCGACCCAGGAGAUCAGCGAGAAGUACUGGUCCAUCACCCUCGCCCUCGAGCUCGUCAACUUCCCGCUCGCCCUGCCCGGCACGAAGGUCUACCGCGCGAUCCAGGCGCGCAAGGUCGCACUCGCGUGGCUCGAGCUCGCGGCGAAGAACAGCAAGAUCGCGAUGGCCGCCGGGCGCGAGUCGGAGUGCAUGCUCGACGAGUGGGUCAAAAUUCUCGCGGACCCUACGUAUAAGGGCCGCCGUGAGUUCACCGACCACGAGAUGGCGAUGGUUGUCUUCUCGUUCUUGUUCGCGAGUCAGGACGCGAUGAGCAGUGGGUUGAUCUACGGCUUCCAGCACCUUGCGGACCACCCCGAGAUCCUCGCCAAGGUGCGCGAGGAGCAGGACCGCGUGCGUGGUGGCGACAACGACAAGGCGAUGACGCUCGAGAUGCUCGACGAGAUGCCGUACCUCAAGGCGGUCGUGAAAGAAUCCCUCCGCGUCAAGCCCCCGGUCACGAUGGUUCCGUACAAGACGACCAAGGCAUUCCCGAUCGACAGCAGCUACACCGUCCCCGUCAACAGUAUGCUCAUCCCCUCGUUCUAUAACUCGCUCCACGACCCCGAGGUCUUCCCCGACCACGAUUCGCUGAUCCCCGAGCGCUGGCUGGACCCGGAAAGCUCUGCAAACCAAAACCCGAAGAACUACCUCGUGUUCGGCAGCGGCCCCCACAAAUGCAUCGGCCUCGAGUACGCGACGAUGAACAUCGCGCAGGUGCUCGCGAUCGCGAGCGUCAUGAUGGACUUUGAGCACGUGCUGACGCCGGAGAGCGAGAAGGUCCAGAUUAUCGCGACGCUGUUCCCGCAAGACGGCUGCCUGAUGAAGUUCAGCCCGCGUUCGCACGCGUGAAAAGGUGCUUUCCGAGACCCACCAACCCCCUCCUCCCAUCUCGUCCCCCGGCGUUCGUUCCACACCUACGGCACUCACCGACACCGACACCGACACCGACAUUGGUAUCUUAUUAUCAACGGUACCUUAUAUAGAUGCGUCCGCGCGACGUUAAGCUACAUCUUACACCUUGUUGCACGCGGCGGAGCGCGAGCAGCUCUGACCCGACCCCCCUUGUAUCCCAGCCGAGCAGUGACGCACACACUAAUUAUACCCUAUCGUAAUGUUACGACGCUCUCGCAUUGCAUGGUCGAAUUGAUGACUUUUUUCAUUGGACGUCUUGACUCGUGAAUCUGUAGGUGUAUGUGUGCCAGUUGAUUUAUUGAAUCACGAUACUAAUGGAUCGGCGGUGGUGAUGCUGAGCGCCGAGUCCUUGAGUGGCCACAAUAAAAUGGUAUGAGUUUUUGCUGCUGACUGUCGUUCAUCGAUUUAUCGAUCGUCUCAGUGCGCGCAAAUACAGAAAAAGUAGUACGUAAGUAUGGAAGCUGGGUGAGCUUGGGUGAUGCAAAAUAGAAGAGGACCCCUGGGACUGCUCAUCAUAUAUCUAAUUUCUAUAUGCUAUCUCCUAGUACUCCAUGCACUAUAAGCAAUACUCAAAUGAUGUUUGUCCU